AUCCUGUUUCAUUUGGCAGACAUCUGGUGUCUUGACCAAGAUGUUAGAUUCAGCUAAGGAGUCUGAGGGAAACCGUGUUCACAAUGGGGGUCAGGUGAGGGAAGAUAGUGAGUACGUGAGAUUGGUCAUACCAGAUGAACUAAGGAUAUCUGAACCUGAUACUUUGGAAUCUCAACCACAAGCAAGUACAAAGUCUCUUACAUGGUGGAUCAAGGCCAUAACAUGGUGUUUAUUCACUAUAGUUGUUGUUCUUAUAUUUUUAAAAUGGGGGGUUCCCUUUCUUAUAGAAAAGGUUCUUUUCCCAAUCCUGCAAUGGGAAGCCACUGCAUUUGGUCGCCCUGUGCUUGCUCUCGUACUUGUAGCUUCUUUGGCAUUUUUCCCAGUGUUUCUAAUUCCUUCUGGCCCUUCCAUGUGGCUAGCGGGGAUGAUUUUUGGUUAUGGCCUGGGGUUUGUCAUAAUCAUGGUUGGAACAACUAUUGGAAUGAUCCUGCCAUACUCGAUUGGUUUACUCUUUCGUGAUCGAAUUCAUCAAUGGUUAAAAAGAUGGCCUCAGAAAGCUGCUAUGAUUCGAUUGGCUGGAGAAGGAAGUUGGUUCCAUCAGUUUAAAGUGGUUGCACUUUUUAGGAUUUCGCCAUUUCCGUACACUAUAUUUAAUUACGCGAUAGUGGUGACGAAUAUGACAUUCUGGCCCUAUUUGUGUGGAUCAGUUACUGGAAUGAUUCCUGAGGCCUUCAUUUACAUCUACAGUGGUCGACUCAUAAGAACGUUAGCAGAUGUCAAGUAUGGGAACCAUCAUCUAACUCUAGUUGAAAUCAUCUACAAUGUCAUUUCUUUUAUCGUUGCUAUCAUUACGACUGUUGCUUUCACAAUUUAUGCAAAGAGAACAUUAAACGAUCUUAAAAUGGCAGAGGCCGAUGGGGAAGGUUCUGCGUCUGGAAAGAACAAUUUCGAGCUGAAUAAACUUCCGCUUGAAAAGCCUAAGCAUCUUAGUGCAUCGUACCCAUCAUAGAUUAGGUUUAGUUUGAAGCUUAUAAUGUAAAUAAUUGGUUUAUUUUGAUGGUUUUGAUACUGUGACUGGAAAAAUACUUGAAAAAUAACGUUGUUAAUCUUGAUAGGAAAAGGAAAUGAUUUUACCCUUGUAACUUGAAAAUGAACAAUUAAUUUCAUGUUGAAGUCUUCAUUUUAAUUUUUCA